CCUCCGUAUUUGCGUGGAAUUUGCUUCCCGAACCGGUACGCUCAGCUCCUCUCUCCCGAAACACCACGUCCUGGAGAUCGAUCUACCAGAGCUCUCGAGUAGGAAUUAGCGAUUGCUGAGUCCAAGUGAAGUUCCAACUGAGCUAUAUGAUGUCUCAACUAGAUUUGGUUUCUCGCAUUACCGAAGAGAAUAAAAGCAGAAAAAGGAAACGCAUACUGUUGACAAAGAAGUAUUUUGAGAUGUCAUGUCUUGUUCUAGCUUAUCUUAGUACGCAAAGGGCACCGAGAGACCUAGGAUAUUUCAAUGAUAAUGAGGAGAAGGUUGCAUAUAGGAAGUACAUACUGAAAACUACCUAUGAUGGGUCUGAAACAGCAUGCUACGAUAAGCUACGCUUAACAAAAAGAAACUUCCAUGAUCUUUGUGCUAUGUUGCGUGAGAAGUGUGGUCUCAAAGAUAGCACUCUAGUGACAGUAGAAGAAAAUGUUGCUAUGUUCCUACAAGUCGUGGGACAUGGAAUUAAAAUGAGAAUGUUGGGUGGCACUUACCAGCGGUCUUUAGAGACUAUAAGUAGGAACUUCUCUACUGUGUUAUCUGCCAUCCUAUCUCUAAGUGGUGACUUCAUCAAGCUUCCUGAUCCCACCGUUGAACCUCCCGAUGAUUACAAAUGGAAGUGGUUUGGCAAUGCACUUGGAGCACUAGAUGGGUGCCAUAUUCCGGUGUUUGUCAGUACUGCUGACAAAGGGAGAUAUAGGAAUAGACAUCAAGAGAUCACCACUAAUAUGCUAGGUGUGGUUGACUGGAAUAUGAAAUUUAUGUAUGUUCUACCUGGUUGGGAGGGCUCGGCAUCGGAUUCGAGAGUGUUAAAAGAUGCUAUGAGGAUUACUCGCCAAGAUGCAUUUGUUGUACCACAUGGAAAGUACUACCUAGUGGAUGCUGGAUAUACCAAUGGACUUGGAUUUCUAUCUCCAUUCAGAUCCACUCGGUACCAUUUCAAAGAGUGGGUUGCAAGUCAACAACAGCCCCAAAACUACAAAGAGUUAUAUAACCUGCGACAUGCUCGUGCUAGAAAUGUCGUGGAGAGAACUUUUGGCUUGUUGAAGAAAAAAUGGGCCAUCCUCCGUUCUUGUUGUUUCUUUUCCAUAGAGGACCAGAUUCGAAUUAUUAAUGCAUGUUGUGUGUUACACAACUUUGCAAGGGACAGGCAACAUGUUAGGGAUAAUUUAUUGCUACAGGAAGUCGACGCUGAACUAGCAGCUAUGGCUCCGCAACCUGCAGAUGAUGCUACUUUAAUUAGAAGUGUCCAACAAACUGUUGUCUGGUCUGCAUUUAGGGAGCAGUUUGCCGAGGAUAUGUAUGCUCAGUACCUUGUGGAUCAUGAAGAAGCACAGAUAGAAUAGAUAACUAGUCAUGGCGUUCAUAGCUAGCUGAUGGUGCCCUAUUUUCUGUGAUAGCAUGCUUGUCUGUUUCAUGUUUUAUACGCAUCAUGUGUGAACGAAUAUAUAUGCACAUCUAUGUUUAAAAAAUAUUUAAUUUUUGU